CAAGGAUUCUCUCUCUAUUCCUCGUUGGUGCAAUCAUGUUUUCGAUCUUUUCUCUCUUCCUCGUCCUUAUCGGCAUCGCCUCUGUUCUUCUUCUACCUCUCCUCCUCUCUUCUCUCCAUCGUCACCACCGACGUCGCCGACGUAACCGUCGACACGAAUCCUCAGAUGGGUUAUCUUCAAGAUUCGUGAAAAAGCUUCCUCAAUUCAGAUUCUCCGAACCCACGUCCACAUCAUACACACGGUACGGAAGCGAUUGCGUGGUUUGUUUUGAUGUAUUCAGACAGGGGCAAUGGUGUCGUAAUCUUCCUGGUUGUGGACACGUGUUCCAUCGAAAGUGUGUGGACACUUGGUUGCUCAAAGCCUCGACUUGCCCUAUUUGCAGAGCUAGGGUUAGUUUGAGGGAAGAAGGUGCACAAGAAGGAGAACUGUGGAGAUGUUUUAGUCGUAGACGAAGUAGUUUGCUAGAUUUGUAAUGGGUUCCGUGGACUUGGACUAUUUCAAAUGGAUAUCUCCAUAACCAAAGCUAGCCAGAGGUGCAAGCCGAAGACACUUUCCUCCUUAGAAAAGUAGCUGGUCAAUCAGUUAAUCUUAUGGUUAGUUAUAUAUAUGGGUUUGAUCUAUAAGAAACCCUCACUACCAUUACCAAAACACCAGUAGCUAAGAGCUUUUGUCAUUGUUUUUUUUUCUUUUGAAACCCAUGGAUCGGUUAUCGUUCUUGAAUGUUGUAAUGGAGGUUGCGGGUACUCUAAAUGAGUCCCGCAAACUCUUUCUCAAGAACAAAAAGCUGAUGUUUUCAGUCUUGGUAUUCCCUCUCAUACUCAAUUGUUUAGUUUACUUGUUCAACGCCAUUGCCAUCAAACCGGAGAUAACAAACUUGAUCCUUGAAUCAAAUUUGUUACCUAUGACAGAUCCAAGCAGCCCGAAAUUUGCUAUCCAUCUUAUGAGAUACUUUGCAGAUUUUCGCCAGUUUGUAAGUUCUUUAUACAUUUUCAUCGCCGUCUCCUCCAUCAUCAACCUCUUAUCCGUUCUUGUUUUGGUUCACGCAUCGGCUCUUACUCAUAAAAAUGAUAGCUUCAAGGUCAAAGAUUUUCCUGUUUUGACCCUUAAAUAUUGGAAGGGACCUCUUGUGACUAGUUUCUACAUUGCUCUCUUCAGUCUUGGCUAUUGGUUCCUAUUCUAUAUAAUCAUUGUUUCUCUCGUUAUAUUCUCUACAAAACUCAAUACCGUGGGAGCCAAAGUUCGCGCAUUAUGGAUUCUAUUUGCAGUCUUUGAGUCUUACUUAGCUAUCGUUUGGAACCUAUCUAUGGUCAUAUCGAUACUCGAGGAUACUUAUGGGAUCCAAGCUUUGGGGAAAGCUGCAAAGAUUGUUAAAGGGAUGAAGCCAAAGCUAUUCCUCUUGAAUCUUUUCUUUGGUUUAUUGUCAUUUGGAUUAUUUCAAAUCUUGCGGCUGAUCGAUUGGAGUAGUUCAUUCCCGGUUAUCUUAACCACCGGUUUGGUAUUUGUGAGUUCUGUCUUUGUGGUGAGGAUGUUUCAGCUUGUGACUUAUACGGUUACCUAUUUCCAGUGUAACCAAGGCAUAGACGCUGAGGCUGUGUCGCUGGGGGAUAUGGAAUAUACAAAAUUGUCUUCCACUACUCUCAUGGGAGGAUUGCCUUAAAUGUUGCAAUAUAUAUUUACGUGGAUUGUUUGUUUGUUGAUCUUAAGAAUGUUGAAGUUCACCAUGGAUUUGGUAAAUUACUUCUAAUAAUCAAAGGUUCUUAUUUUUAUUUUU